AUGCCUGCGUGUGUGUUCUUUGCGCUGACCGCGCUUGUGCCUGACGUUAGGCCCGGCCUGGCGCGUCUCCAGCUUGACGCAUGUAUCUUCUCCAGCCGUCUCGUCUCCCCGUCCUCUCACUCGAUGCGCUGCGCCGUUGCCGAUAGUGCCAAGCUGUCAGUCCAGGACGUAGAAUCGGCCAGAGGACGCACCAAUGGACGGUGA